UGGGACAUUUAAAAGUGCACCUACAAUCAACAAAUUCAUCAUUUGCGGUUAAAUUAAAACUAUCCAUGUGUACAUGUGUAUUAUAAACAAUAUAAUUGAAAACUGUAUAAAAGAACGAUUUGGAGGCAGUAAAACAUUAUUCAUUAGAAACAAUUCGAAUUGUUCCAAUCAAAGACUAAAAAUGAUGAGAUUCCAGACCAUUUUCGUGUUGAUGACAUUGACCACAAUAACAGUAGCCGUAUAUGCACCCUCGGAUGAGCAUGCUUUAGAUAGACAUGGAGUGGAAAAGGUUUUACUGGUCGAACACACAGGUGGAAGAAACAUAAACAGGCGUCGUGGUGAAGGAUCUCUUUCUGUACUGGAUGUUAUUGAUGCAAAUAGACGAGCAGGAUCAAGAAAUGUUGGAACAUCUCAUGGAACAGACAGUGAAUUUAUUACACACGGGUCAUCUUCCGGUAGAGGAUUGUCUGGGGCUUUUGUUGGUGGCAGGACCUCUAAAUCUGGAAUCAUAAGAGGCUCUUCAAUUGGUUUGUCCCGUGGUUUAUCUGACGAUGAUGAUCAUUUCACCUCUGGCGGCCGAAUUGGUUCAUCUGGUCUGGCUAGAAAUGCGGAUCUGUCCAGAAAUUUUCAUUUGGAAACUAUUGGUAGUGUCCAUGGAGUGUCUGGUCAUUCAGGUGCAGAUAUUCUUGAUGCAAUCAGUUCUGGACGAGGUGGGCGUGUUGUUCUAGACACUGUUUCUUCCAGACGUAGUGGGUCAGGUCGUACUUCUGGUUCAGGACUAAUUUCUCAGUCAGUGUUAGGAGGAAAAACUGAUUGCAAAAACGACUGUUUUAGUGACGGUGAGUGUCCAACAAACAGAUACUGUGCCACUGUUAACUGUCACAGGAUUUGUAGAAGAAGACCGUCUAAUGGAUACUCACCAUGAAAAGCCUAUCACCGAAAUCCUAUAUUAUGAACACUUUUUGAUAUCCUUUCUAAAAUAAAAUAUUGUAUUAAG